AUGAGCGACAAACCCACGCUCUACGUUGACGAGAAGAAGGGCUCGGACUCGACCGGCAACGGCACCGAGGCCGCCCCCUUCGCGACCCCCGUCGCCGCCUACCUCUCCCUCAACCCCUCCACCGAGUCGGACAAGGACCCGCUGUCCGUCGUCAACAUUCUCGUCCGCAAGCCCGCCGAGGGUGACGCCCCUGAGUCGUGGUCCGAGCUCUCGGGCGCCGGCAAGAAGAAGCUCGCCAAGGGUGUCGACGUCCAGCGCAAGAAGGCUGCCAAGCUCGCUGCUGACGGUGAGCGUCUCGAGAAGGAGCGCAAGGAACAGGAGGCCCGUGACAAGAAGCGCCGCGAGGAGGCCGCCCAGGUCAAGAUCGCCGAGCCCGAGGGCAAGGCUGACUUCGUCAAGGCGUAUCAGCUGCCGCAGGAGAUCGGCAAGCGCGUCCGCCUCCGUGGCUGGGUUCACCGCCUCCGUACCCAGAAGACCAACUUCUUCGUUAUCCUCCGUGACGGCUCCGGCCCUCUUGCCCAGGUCAUCCUCACUGGCGACCUGAUCAAGACGCUCGACGCCCUCGACCUCACUGUCGAGUCGACGAUCGAGGUCACCGGUACCGUCCAGAAGGUCAAGGAGGGCCAGACUGCUCCCCAGGGCCUCGAGAUCAUUGCCGACUGGUGGAAGAUCCUCGGCCGCGCCCCCGGAGGCGACGACGCCUUCGAGGGCCGCCUCACUGCCGAGACUGACGCCUCGAUCCGUGCCGACCUGCGCCACCUCGAGCUCCGUGGCGAGACCGCCACCGCCGUCAUGCGCUUCCGCGCCGCCAUGCUCCGCGCCUUCCGUGAGGCGUUCAACCAGCGCCGCAUCACCGAGGUCACGCCGCCGUGCAUGGUGCAGACCUCUGUUGAGGGUGGAUCGACGCUCUUCGAGUUCAACUACUACGGCGCGUCGGCGUACCUGACGCAGUCGUCGCAGCUGUACCUCGAGACUGUGCUCCCCUCGCUCGGCGACGUGUACUGCAUCCAGGAGUCGUUCCGUGCCGAGAAGUCGCUCACGCGCCGCCACCUGUCCGAGUACACUCACCUCGAGGCUGAGCUUGCGUUCAUCGAGUUCAAGGACCUGCUCGACCACCUCGAGGACAUGAUCACGUCGGUCGUCGACACGCUGAUGAAGGACCCUGUCGCUAGCGAGAUCAUCAAGACGCUCAACCCCAACUUUGUCGCGCCCAAGAAGCCCUUUAUGCGCCUCGACUACCGCGACGCGAUCAAGUACCUGAACGAGCACGGAAUCAAGAAGGAGGACGGCUCGGACCACGUCGUCGGCGACGACAUUGCCGAGGCGGCCGAGCGCAAGAUGACCGACCAGAUCGGGCAGGUCAUCAUGCUGAUCAACUUCCCCAAGACGCUCAAGUCGUUCUACAUGAAGGCGAUCCCGGGCGACGGCGACUUUACGGAGAGUGUCGACGUGCUCGUGCCCGGUGUCGGUGAGAUUGUGGGCGGAUCCAUGCGUAUCGCGGACUACGACGAGCUCAUGGCCGGAUACAAGCGCGAGGGCAUCCCCCCCGAGCCGUACUACUGGUUCACCGACCAGAGGAAGUACGGCACCACCGAGCACGGCGGCUACGGCCUCGGCGUCGAGCGUUUGCUUGCUUGGUUCCUCAACCGCUUCACCGUCCGCGAGUGCUGCCUCUACCCGAGGUACAUGGGACGUGCUCGUCCGUAA